CAAGAUGGCAGCCAUGGUGCAUAUACAGUUGUGACAGUUCUUUAGAAGCAAGCCGUUUAUUUUAUACAUGUAAAUCCUUUUUGGGUGGACUAACAACGGGGAUUUAAAGCGGAAGAGUUAUUUCAUGACUGGAGACGGUUCUGUGCUGGAGACGUGAUGUGUUUCAUUUAAUAAGAAGGAUGGCUGUGCGUUCCCGUCUCGCUUUCCUCGGCCCUCUGGGUUCUCUGAGGAGAGGAUGGAGGAGCCUGAGUCUGUUCUCCGCUCCGUCUCCGUCCAGCUGGAGUAAAGUCGUGUCCGAUGCAGAGAAGAUCGUGGGAUAUCCGACGUCCUUCAUGAGCCUGCGCUGCCUGCUGAGUGACGAGCUCAGCAACGUAGCCAUGCACGUCCGCAAGCUGGUGGGGACCAAACACCCGCUCCUCAAUACCGCCAGGGGUUUCGUGUACGACAGUAAAAACAACCUGCAGAUGCGAGGCCUGGUGGUGUUGUUGAUGUCUAAAGCAGCAGGACGGAGUGCCGCGGCAUCUGACGCCCUCCUGCCUGACAUGAUCAGCGGGAUUUACCCCAGUCAGCGUAGCCUGGCGGAGAUCACAGAGUUGAUCCACACGGCGUUCCUGGUGCAUCGUGGGAUUGUGAAUUUGAAGGAGUGGACGUUCUCAGACGGGCCGCUCAAGGACAUGCAGUUCGGGAACAAGAUGGCCGUCCUGAGCGGCGACUUCCUGUUGGCCAACGCCUGCACGGGAUUGGCUCAGCUCAACAACACCAAGGUGGUGGAGCUGAUUUCCAGUGCCAUUGGAGACUUGGUGCAGGGAGUCUAUUAUGAAAACGCUGCAGAGGAAGGAAAGCCGUCGGUGUCGAGGUGGGAGGACCAGGCCUUCCUCUCCCAUGGUGCAUUGCUAGCUAAGAGCUGCCAGGCGGCGAUGGAGCUGGCGAGACACGAUGCCGAGGCUCAGACUCUCGCUUACGAGUACGGAAAGCACCUGGCUCUCGCGCACAAGCUGAAUUCGGACCUCCAGCCGUUCAUGAGGCGUAGUUCUGAGCCGGUGGUCUUCUGUCUGGAUUCGGCUCCUGCGGUGUUCCACCGUCUGAUCGUGGGACAGGAGGUCUGGACGCAGCAGUUACAGCAGGCCCAGAGCGCGAGCACGCAGGCGGAUUACUCCAAGCUGUGGACCGGGAUCAGAUCCGGGGGCGGAGUCAAACAGGCUGUUGAUCUCUGCACUCAGCACGGGACGACGGCGCUGGAAGCCAUCCGGCGUUUCCCUCCAUCCGAGGCUCGCUCCGCUCUCGAGAACAUCGCCGGCGCCGUCACCAGGUUCUGAUCGAACCACGUCAGGUCCGGAGUCUGAGCUCCGCCUUCAUCACCUCAGUUCAGAUCUGAACAUCUGGAGUCGACAGAGUUGGGACUUUUCUCUCUUUUCGUCGACUCCGUCUGUGACGUGGCCGAGGGGAGGAGCGGAUCUACGGAAGCACCGCCGGUCGAUGUCAUGCAGAUCGUACUCGUAUUUCUAAAGGUGCUGAGGGUCGCCGUAGCAACAGUGACAUCACCGAGAACAUUGAUUGCGUGUUUUUAUUGCUUUUUUUUUUUUUUUUUUUUUAAAUGUUUUGUUUUGUUUGUUCCUGGCGGGAAUUUGCUAGCACGCCGAAGACGCUGAGAGAUUGUUUCCAUCAGGUUGACGAAACUCUUCUCACACACUGUUUGUAUCAUGUUACUUUGGUUGCCAUGGCAAUAAAAUGUGAUCCCGCCCCCAA